AUGUCGGGUACCGCUCAUGACCCUCGCCUUCUCUACAGCGUCAACAACAUAACUGCUUUCCAUAUCCAAAAUGGCGAGGAAUCCGAGCUCACCCCAUCGGGGCCUCAAACCCUUUCCCUUUUAAUGGUUCCGACCAGUGCUUCUACACCUCAGAGCUCUCAUGAUGGACCAGCAGAAGAAGAUUUCUAUCUUCAUCUUCAUCUCCCUCCAGAGUUGGAUCUAGCACUUCCGGCCUCUACACAGAUCUAUCACCAGCCACCGAACAGCUAUUUGAUCCCUCGCUGGGAUUUGGGUCCAGAUGCAGGCGCGUUCAUCCGCAUACAAUUUCCCGCCAUUGGGAGUAGCCCUGAUAAGGUAUCUCAGGAAGAUGUGGAUACAUUUGAAACGAUUCUGGCACAAUGUACCGCAUUCCUCGAGCGUGCAGCCCCACCGAAAGAGCAUGCUCCGUACAACCCAGCAGAUUUUGCACCAGGUGCAGGUUAUGUCUCGUCCACGAGUCCUGAUCAGAAGGACCCUCAUGGGCGGAUAGUGCUCGUUGAUGAAGAGGAUGGCAGUGUUGUUGGUGAAAUGGAAGGGUAUGAUGUGGUUGAGAAACCUGGCGUAAAACCUGGCUCUAAGAGGCCGGUGGAGGUAGAACUUCCUGCAGAAGGCGAAGGCAACAAAGUCAGCAUCAGUAACGUGUCUGAGGAAUACUUGCAGAUGGCCCGACACCCUGCAUAUAAGAACUCAACACUGGUCCAAACUUCUGCUACUGCCUCUCGUCUGAUCGUGACUGGCAACCCACUCAAGGUCCGUAAAGUUGGGAAUUUCACUCAUGGUGCCGCCGGCCUCUCGGCCAAGACUGUUGGCCAGGUCGGUAAGGUUGCGCAGAACUUCGGGGCUUCAUUAACCCGUCGUAACCCGGAUGCAAAGCGCAAGGGCGACAAGGGAGUGAACGGCGAAUACAAGCCGGGCAUACUAAACAAAUCAAUGAUCGCAUUCUCGACACUGGCAGACGGUAUUGAGCAGAGUGCCCGCACCGUACUAACCCAUGGCUCUGCUGCUGCCAGUACGAUGAUCGGGCAUCGGUAUGGAGCUGAGGCUGGCACUGUGGCGAGCGAUUUGACUGGGGGUGUGAAGAAUGUGGGACUAGUCUACAUUGAUGCAACGGGGGUCAGCCGUAAGGCAGUCCUGAAGUCAGUAGCCAAGGGUAUGGUUGUCGGUCACAUGCGCAACGGAAAGCAAGUUGUGGUCGGUAGUGGUGACGGCGGAGAGGCGCCCCCGGCUGCAGGAGGUCGGAGCAAUAGAACCUCAGGAUCAGGUGGACGUGAUCCCGUUGCAAGACGUCCAUCUCCGACCCCUACACCGCCGCCCGCCUAUGGUGCCCCGAACACAACGUCGCUCGGUGGAAUAAGCAUGUCAAGGGGCAAAAACUGA